ACAAUGUGGUCCAGCUCAUCAACAAGGGCGCCAAAGUAGCCGUCACCAAGUACGGCAGAAGUCCCCUGCAUCUGGCCUCCUAUAAGGGCCACACCGAGGUUGUGCGCAUUCUCCUGAAGGCCGACUGCGAUCUGGACAUCCAGGACGAUGCAAGUACCCAGAGACUGUCUGUUUGUACACUGCCUUUCAUUUGCACUGCCCUCUUUCCAUGUUUCCAGCACCACAGUCAUGAUUGUGAUGAUGGAUUUGUGUGUGGACCAUCGCUUGGUUUUCGCUGGCGUUGCAUUAGUGUCGCUCACCAUCUUCCCAAAUGAACAUCACACCCAUUUAACACCAUGUAGUAUUUGUAAUAUCACACAAACAAACACCAGAAUGUAUGUAAUAUAGACCUUUACGUGUGAACCAGGUCACUUUUUGAAGCGCACAAACGACAUAACAUCUGCAUGGAGAUUCUGAGUCUGGCUGCCUGGUGUGUGUUUUGAUUGCAGUGUAGUUUCUCCUGCGUGCGGACGCCCUUUCCAUUUCUCUAAGACUGUCGUGCUAGUAGUAUAAUGACCUCCAGUGGCCUCGAGUGGGAUUAUUCUGAUUGCCAGCUUGAGGCAUGCAGCAGACCUCUACGGGUCUCACCCCCUGGGUGCAGGUCAACCCUCCUCCCCCUCCGCAGUCCCACAGCCACAGAUAAUGGUCCAAAGCUCUGGCGCUCCCAAAUUCUCUCCAUCUGGUCAAUGAGCUCCCGAUCCCGAACGGGCCACAGCGCGUCCUCGGCCACCAACGGGGGGGAGUGGUCACAAGGAGGAGGGAGAGGAGGGGAGAGAGAGAGACGGCAGUGGAGGAAGGCUGCUGGACCUGGGCCUGGGAGAGAGACUGGAAGGUCAGGGAGAGUGAAGAAGGGUGGGCAGACAGCCUUACAUCGGGCAGCCGUGGUGGGAAACAGUGAUGUUAUCUCUGCCCUCAUCCAGGAAGGGUGUGCUCUGGACAGACAGGACAAGGACGGUAACACUGCUUUGCAUGAGGUCUCGUGGCACGGCUUCAGCCAGUCUGUCAAACUGCUGGUCAAGGCCGGAGCCAACGUUCACUCAAAAAACAAGGCAGGGAACACAGCCCUCCACCUGGCCUGUCAGAACGGCCACGCUCAGAGCUCCAAGGUCCUGCUGUUAGGUGGCUCCAGGCCCGACAGCAAGAACCAUGUGGGUGACACGUGUCUGCAUGUGGCGGCCCGUUACAACCACGUGUCCAUGCUCCGCAUCCUCCUGGGAGCCUUCUGUUCUGUGGGAGAGAAGAACCAGGCUGGGGACACACCGCUGCAUGUUGCAGCAGCGCUGAAUCAUAAGAAAACGGUGCGUCUUCUGCUAGAGGCUGGAACAGAGAGCAGCAUCCGCAACAACGCAGGCCAAACUGCACUGGACCAGGCCAAAGACCACAACAACCCAGACAUAGCUCUGCUUCUGACCAAAGCACCUCAGGUCCAGAGCUUCACCCGAGGCAGGAUUGUGAGGAAGAGGAGGGACAAGCUGAAGGCUGAGCGCCGAGCACAGUCUGUGCCCAGGGAUGAGAUGCUCCCCAGGAAGGACAGUGCAUCUGCUGCUGACGACACUCACAGCAGCGACCUCGUCGCCCGCAAACACGAGGUGGUCGAGGCGAGCGCCGGCAAGAGCACAAACAGGAAGCUCAAAGAGAAGCCCUCGCUCUCCGACCCCCUCCGCCGGAGAGAGAACAAACACGGAAAGAAGAGGCGGGGCCAACUGCGUGGCUCCUCCCCCCAGCCCCCGCCUCACAACUACAAGGCCUAUCAGCUGUACACUCUGUACCGCGGCAAGGAUGGCAAGAUCAUGCAGGCGCCUAUCAAUGGCUGCCGCUGUGAGCCUUUGAUCAUCAAGCUGGAGAACCAGCUGGAGGCCACCAAGGAGGAGAUGAAGACGGAGAUCCACACAGUGCAGGACCUGAUGAACAACAAGAUGGGACAGUUGGACCGCAAGAACAAACAUCAGAUCCGUGCCCUAGAUAAGAUGACAGUAGAGAGAGUUUCAGCGGAGAGGACAGAGUGCCAACACAGGAUCGACCAGAGGGCCAUGCAGGAGAGACAGGAGGGGGAGAAGAGACAGCAGGCAUCAGUGGUGAGCGAGCUGAGAAACUGGUGCCUGGCCAAGCUCCAGAACAUUGAGGUGCGUGUCACUGGAGACCCCCGCAACGUCAAGCUGCGUCAGUCCUCGUCCAUGGCUGAAGGCCUGUGUGCGAUGGCCCCUGGGAGCCUCACUGUGUUGCCUGCAGGAGGGCCUGGGUGCAGCAUCGAGUGUCUGGCCCCCCACACCACUGACGACACCGAGGGAGACCCCAACGCGGCCGCCACAGAGGACCACUCAGCCAAUCACAACUUUGGGGUUCAGGUGGACAGCUCUCCAGACGGUGGUAAACAUCACAAGCGAGAAAAGAUCUCCUCCCCAACUGCCGCUAAGUCCCUGUCCCCAUCUCCCCAAGUGGUGCGGCCCAAGGAACGCUCGCUGUGUUCUACUGACCCCCGCAGGCCAUACCAGGGACUGCAGGACACGGCACUGCUGGAUUUGGCGCCGAGCAAAGGCGGCAACAACCAGCGGGCCAGCAGCCUGUCGCCAGCCACCGAGCGCCGCUGCAGCACCAGGCAGGACAAGGACUGCGACAGGGAGAGGGAUAGAGACAGGGAGCGGGGCAGGGACAAGGGCAAGCACCACAAGAGGCACUCCCAGGGCAGAACUAAAGCCAAGGGGGCCUCGGUGGGGCAGGUCGAGGGGACUCAGACUCUGGGGGUGUUUGGGGAGAGAGCCGUGGAGAGAGGUGGGGGGGAGGGCUUUGCACAGGAGAGGGAGAACAUGCACGCCCUGGAGGUGACACAGUACUUCUUUGAGGCGGUGUCGACCCAGAUGGAGCACUGGUAUGAGAGGAAGAUCCAGGAGGCCAGGUGGCAGGCGGACCAGAGGGCCCAGGCAGACAGGGCUGCCCUGGUGGAGAGGAUCACCUACCUGGAGGACGAGCUACGCACGCUCAGGACUAACAGGCACGACGACAGCUAACACAGGGACACCACUGCGGAGUAUAGAGCUACACCUUCAGAACAGCAAAAAAAUCACCAUCUGAGCUCAUUACAGAUGGCACCCUGGAUCAACUGGACCCACCGACCCAAAAAAAUUGUCAUUGACUGAAUUUAGCAUAUGGAAUACUUUUGGUAAAUAAUGUCAUGCAACAGUAGAAAAUCAUCUGUAUAGUAACUUAUUUUAAAGGCAUGUUAUGGCAUGCCAGACUAUUCAGUAUAAUGUGGUCUUGUUAUUCAUUUGUUUUGGGCAGCUCCUGUGUUUGUGCUUUGUAAAAAACCCUAGUAGAUUUACUGAUAGUUAUUUAUAAUGUAUUAUGUCAUGGGGCCAUCACAGAACUGGUACACGCACACACCUGGGCACAAUGUCACGCGGUCAUUAAGUCAACAUGCCAAUACUUUUUUAUCCUGUGAUGAGAAAGCCUGUUAUGUGAAAGAUUCUGGAGGUCUGCUUGUGGAAAAUGUGGGUCAUAUUUUUCUGGUGACGUUCUUAACGUGUAUUCAAGGAGAGAGUAGAGAAAGACAAACCCAGACGGCGGAAAUAGUUGAGGUAACCAGGAUGCUUAACAUUUCAGUAGAAUACGCUACUGCAAGCUUUCAUACAGAUAUGUGACUUACAAGGGUAACAGAACUCAAGAGAAUACAGCCAAACUGGCAAUGGCUUAACUAUUAAGAAAACAUUAGUAUUCAUAACCUUUACUCCAACCCACUAAUGUAUGUUUCUUUAAAUGGUAAAAACCGUAACACCCUACCGCUUGUCCUUAGCACUAAAACGAGGUACUGUUAAGAAGAACCUGUUUGCAUGGUGGAAAGUCUGUUUUUACUCUUCUGAAAUAGACCUGUGCAAACAGUGUAUUAGUUAGUGUUCAUGUGUGACAUUUGUCCUGUUCAGGUGUGAGGUCGUGUACAUUGAUGCCUUUGUUGAUAUGAACACACAUUCUGUGUAGUAAAAUAGAUAUCAAAU